AUUCAACGAAGUGAUAACUGUGCGAAAAUGCAGAGUAGACUGACUUUGAUCCUCCUUGGCGCUCAUCCCCGCCAUGUCGCUGCCACAGUGUAAACAACCCUAGGCAGCCCCUCUCGGAAUGAUGAACUGGUGCCUUUGCUAGUUGCUACUCAGUUCUCUUGACCUUUAUACAACUGGACAUCAUGGAGUCUUUUGUGAGAAUGGAGCAUGACCCAGAUGGGAAUUCCCAGCAGGUGGCGGUCAUCAUGACAGGCCAGGUGUACAGGGAGGCUGGCUUAAAGCACAGUGAGCAUCCCAAAGUGGAAGGGAUGCUUUAUGAUAAACUAUGUCAGAUUGGAAAGCACAAGCUCAGGGAUGAUGUUCGUAAGAUGGCCUUGAAUAUUGCAUUGAUGGUCUCUGACAAGGAAUUCAAGCCAACAGUUGCAUGGCUUGAUAACUUCAUGCGACGUUUCUGCUUGUCAAGAAAAAAAAUGGGAUUUCAUAGCUCAGCAAUGUUGAAAAGAAAAGAUAAUGUCCAGCCUCAGACUCAGACUCCUGCCAGUGGAAGUGGCUUGACUCAAGAAGAUGUUUUUAGUGUUUUGGGGAUAAAUAUGGAUGGGAAUGGGCUCCCUGAAGAGGAGGGCAAAGUGGCAUCCAGUGAGAAGAUCUUAGAAGAUGUAAUUGCUGAGACAGAGAAUGGAGUCAAUGGAAACCAAGGCAUAGAAACUGAUAGCCAGACAAGUCUCUUGGAUACAGUUGAUAAAAAUUGCUCCAUAGAAGACCUCUUUGCAUCAGAUUCAGAAAAUGUAGAGAGCAAAACCACAUCAUUAGACCAGAAUGUUACUCCUGGUCCAAAGAAGGAGCAAGUUGUAUGUGAAGAAAUAGAACAACUUAAUAAGUUAGAAAACCUUACAAAUCAGAUGGUCCAAAGUCAAGAUUCUGAUGAUGAUAUUAUAAUAGAAAAAAGUGUAUUGAAAACAGAUACACUUCCAAAAGAAUCCAAGAUGGAUAUAGAAAAAGAAACCAUUAAAAAGGAGCAGGAUUCUUCAAAUGAUGAAAAAAACAAUGACAAUGAUUCAUCAAAAGGAAGUGAUAGUGCAUGCACAGUUAACAGUGACCAUGACACAUCUAAAUGCAUGAUGAAAACCUCCCCUUUUGUGGUGGAAUUUAUAGAUAAAGACAACACAAGAGAUAAAAAAUCAGCAGAUGGAAAAAGGAAGAACAGUGGUUCAUCAGAUGGUGACUCUCAGCAGGAAGACCAGGCUGAUGCUGGAGGGAAGAAGUCCAGGCAAGUGGAGGAUGAGAUGACAAUCAGAUACACCAAAGAAGAGGAUGAAUAUUACCGAAAGAACAUAAAUGAUCUUCAAAAGAAGCUUCGUGAUUCAGUGAUGAGAUGCACUGCCUGCAAUGAACAAAUCAAUCAUCAAAUUCGAUCCUUGGUCUAUACCCACCCAGUACUAGGAGUUCUUUCAUGCAAGAGAUGUAGGAAAUAUUAUGGGAAAGGUAGAUUUUGCAAAGAUGAAGAAGGUUAUGAUGAGUACUGCAGAUUGUGUGCAGAAGGAGGUGAUUUACUGUGCUGUGAGCAGGAGGGUUGUUUCAAUGGAUUUUGUAAGCGCUGUAUAAAGCGAACCAUGGGUCGGUCUGAGCUGAAGAAUGCAGAAACAGCAGAGAACUGGGCGUGCUACGUUUGUGAUAAGACCUCGAUGACAGAACUCCGAGCACUGCACAGAGCUAUUCUGAGUAACUUAGAGGAAUCAGAAGUGCAAGAUGAUAAUCUGUCAAGGAAAGAAUUGAGUAAAAAGAACUUACUUUCAAAGUUUGAGCUUCUGAAAAAGAAUAGGAAGGAAAGAGCCACAAAGAAUUCGCCCAAGAAAGUUGAAAAGGAAACGGAGAAGGACAAAUCUGUUGAUAGCAGAGGAAAGCACCGCCACGCCUGGCUAAACGAAAGCAUUGAAACCAUGGUUGAUAUGCUUUCAUUAUGUUUAAAGAAUGUUGAAAAAAUAAACAGCACUUGGAAGAGUUCCCAAUACUCAGCAGAGGGAACUGAAAAGGCAGGUAAAAGAAUUUUAAAGCAACUCACAGGGAUGAUUACCAAUUUUGAAAUCCUUGAAAAAAAUGUUUCAGUUGAUGUAAAAAAGCUCGUUUCAGAAGAAAAGGUAGAAAAUGUUGAUUCUAUAAUUGAGAACAAAAACAGAAAGACCAAAAAGGAAGUUGAGGAAAGUAACACAUCUUCACCCAAAAAGAAAAGCAGCUUGAAAGAAAUCAACAUGGAAGCUGAAGAACAGGUUACACCCAAAAGAAAGAGGAAUAAGUCAAAGAUUGAUGAUGAAGAUAUCAAGACAGAUGCAGAGGAAGGAAGUAGAACCAGCAGUAGAAAGACUGCAAGCCAAGAUUCUUCAAAGGCAUCAAGCAAAGAGGAAAUGGAAGUAGAUGAUGCAAGCCAGGAUUCAAGCAAGGCCAAUUUUAGAUCAGAGGAUGAAUGUUCAGCGGAUAUAGAUGACCCUGUAGAACAGGAUGAAAUGAGGAGUAAUGUCAGUGAUGCUGCAAUAGAGGAAAGUGGCAACAAAGGUGUCUCAGAAACUAACGAUGAGACCGAGAUAGAAAAGGCAUUAGCCAAGACAAAAUCAGCAUCUGAUGGUGAAGCUGAUGAGGCAGAGAAAGAUUCAAGUAUUCUUUCCUCUGCUACAGUUGAAUAUGUUGGAAAAGAAAUUACUGAAAAAUGUAAAAGAAGUGCAAAGGCAAGUUUGUCAAAGAAAAAGGAUGGUGAAGAAAGUGCUGAUACAUCAGAAGAACAAAAGACCCCUCUAUCAAAUGCAAGGAAGACCAGGAGAAGCAGAAGUACAGAGGAACUAGAUGAGGUGAAUGUAAAGAAGGAACUUGACUCAGACAUUGAAAAAGAAGUGAAAAGUAAAAGAGGAAGGAAGGCCAAAGAUCAGAAAAAGGAAGAGAAAGAAGAAGAGGCAGAUGAGAAAGGCUCAUUCAGAAAGGAUGAAUCUGUAGAAGAAAAGAAAGUAAUUAAGAAAGAGAAGGAGGAGGAAGACAGUGAAGAUUCUAAUGCUGAGGCAGAUAACAAAGAAAAUAAAUCAAAAGGAAGAAAACAAAAAGUUCAGAAGGAGGAGAAGCAGAAAAAAGAGAAAAAGAAAUUGAUUAGUGAUGAGGAAGAGGAAAAUGGCUCUGAGAAAAUACCAAAAGGUAAGAAACAGAAAAGAGGAAGAAAACCCAAAGACGACGAGAGUGACGAGGAAACUGAAAAGAAGAGUAAAGCAAAGGGAAGAGGAAACAGAGAGUCAGAAGACGGAGAUUCAAAGGAAAAGAAGAAGACUCAAAGAAGAAGAACAAAGAAGAGACGGCAGGAAGACAACGAUGAAGAUGAUAUGUUGGGAAUUGGAGAUGUGUCAUCCAAUGAUGAAUCAUCAGAAGAGGAAGACACAGAUACAGAGAUGAGGAGGCGGAGAGAAGAGUAUGAAGAUCAUAGUGUGAAGAAAAAGAAGAAAAAGAUGAUGAAGAAGGAUACCAAGAAGGGGAAGGGCUCUGAAGAAGGAACAGACAGUAAUGAUGAGAAGAAACCCAGGAAAAGCCCAGUGAAAAGCAAGGGAAAGAAGAAACAGGAAGAGGUGAAUGGAAAGGAAAGUUCAGAUGAAGAGGAAGCUAAUGAUAAAGAAGCAGCUGAGAGUAAAAAAGGUGGAAACAGUCCUAAGAAGUCUGAUGAACAUGAAAAGAAGAAGAAGAAGAAGGAGAACAAUGAGGCUUUCUCAGAGUUGCUAGCAAGUGAAUCUGAAAAUGAUAAAGACAACUCAGGUGAUGAGGAGGAAACCAGAGCAAAUGACGAACCCAUGGAAUGCAGCCGAGGAGAAAGUUCUGAAGAGGGUACCCCAGAAAAAAGGAAACGACAAGCUGGUAAGAGCAAGGGUGAAAUUAGUGGUGAGAACAUGAGCACCAAGAAAGGAGAAAAACAGAAAAAUAUGAAAAGAAGCAGUACACCUAAUAAGGAUGACAACCAGAUGGCCAUGGCUUCUCUCCUGGAAAGUGAGAGUGAUUAUGAGCUAGAGGACAAACCCAAGCCCAAGUGUAAGAAAAAGAACUUCCUCAAGAAAUAUGCUGAGAAGAUGGAGAAAGUGAAGCACCUAACAGAAGAAGAGAAGGAAGAACUAAAGGAGAAGCAGCUGGAGAGUAAGUGCCAGACCAAAGUACAGACGAUCAGCACAGAAGUCAAGAGCAAAUUGGAGAAAGAUGAAUUCAUUGACGUCAAAGAAUUCCCCGAGUUCAGGCGAAAGAAGGAGACAGAGCGCCAGAAACAAGCAAAACAUUAUGAUGGUGAAGCUGAUGAAGAAGAUUCAGAUGAGGAAUUUGAAAAGCUCAUGAAAAUUACUUGCUCAACUGUACGAUUAGCUAAGGGAGAAGGGAAAGUACAAGAAGUUUACAAGAAAGGUUACAUGAACUUAAACAUCUCCUCUGAUGAUGGAGAAGUUGGCGAACAAGAUGAUGAACAUCUACCAGAGAGUGAGGAGGAGGAGGAGGAGGAAGAAGAAGAAGAAGAAGAAGAUGAGGAAGACGAUAGUGACUUUGAAGAAUCGCCAAGGAAGAGAAGAACAUUCCAGAUAUCCUCAUCAGAAAGCGAUGAUGACAAGAAGAAGAAGAGAAAGAAGAAGGAAACUUCAUCAGAAAAUGAAAGUGAGGACCUUGAAGAAGCACCAAAACCAAAGAGAAAAAGGAUAAGAAAAAUGUCAUCAUCAUCUGAUGAAGGAGAUGGUGAUGAUGAAAAUAAGGAGGAUUCACCUAGUAAACACCGCAAAAUCCGCCGCGUAAUAAGGGAUGAGGACCUAAUGGAGACCACUAAGAAUGCCACACAAGAGGAAGAGGAACGAAGAAAGCGUAUUACAGAAAGACAGAAAAAGUACAAUCAAAUAUUUGAGAUCGAUGUUGAAUCAGAUCAAAAGGACCUAGGGAAAUUGGUUCUUGAUUUUGACCCUGACACCAAGAAGGAACUUGUUUCUGUAGAUGAAAAGUUGGUCAAGUUCUUAAAACCUCAUCAGUUCAAAGGUAUUAAAUUUAUGUGGGAUGCAACCUGUGAGAGCAUAGAAAUGCUAAGUAGUAAACGAGGCAGUGGCUGUAUCCUUGCGCAUUGCAUGGGUCUUGGAAAAACUUUGCAGGUGAUCACAUUCACACACACGUUGUUGUCCAGCAAGAAAGUUAACCGUCACAUACAGCGAGUAAUGGUCUGCUGCCCUGUGAACACAGUCUACAAUUGGGUUAAUGAGUACAAAAACUGGCUCAGAGGAAAACUGUUGCACUUCGAAGUAUCGGAACUUGUAUCAGCAAAGGAUCUGUGGAGUCGUGCUUACAGACUGGAUGACUGGUGGAAGGAAGGUGGAGUGUGUAUCAUGGGUUAUGACAUGUUCCGAAACCUUUCCAACAGCAAAAGCAAGAGGUACAAGGGCAAGAUGAAAGAAAUCUUUCAACAAACUUUGGUAGAUCCAGGACCUGACUUGAUAGUGUGUGAUGAAGGCCACAUAUUGAAGAAUGAAAAGACAGCUUUGUCAGUCGCAAUCAAUAAAAUUAGAAGUCAUCGGCGUAUUAUUUUAACGGGAACACCUCUCCAGAACAACCUUAAAGAAUAUCAUUGCAUGAUACAGUUUGUGAAGCCAAACCUAUUAGGAACUAAAAAGGAAUUCAUGAAUAGGUUUGUGAAUCCUAUUGAACAAGGGCAGUGUGCUGAUGCCAUGCCCAGAGAUGUAAGGAGGAUGAAGAGAAGAGCUCACAUUCUGCAUAACAUGUUGGAGGGAUGUGUACAGCGGUUUGACUACACAGUUCUUAAACCUUUCCUGCCUCCAAAGUUUGAGUAUGUUAUAUCAAUACAACUGUCAGACUUACAACAGAAACUCUAUCAGUAUUACUUGGACAAUCUUGCCCAAGGUGGACCCAAGAGACAAGGAUCAGGGCUCUUUGUGGACUUUGGUGCUCUGUCAAGAGUUUGGACUCACCCCAAAGUCCUUGAGUUGGCUGUGAGAAGAGCAAUUUUCCAGGAAGAUGAUGAUGAGUUGGCUGACUUCAUCUGUGAUGAUACAACUGAAGAAGAAUCCUCUGAAGAUGAAAGGGCCAAAAAGAAAAAGAAGAAGAAGAAGAAAAAGAAUGAGGAAGAUGAAGAAUCUGUUGAAGAGGAAGAGGUUAACAAAGAUGAGAUUGAAAAGCCUGGCCCCAUCCCAGGCUUGACAGAGAGUGGGAAGGUCCGUGUAGACUGGUGGAAGAAAUUAGUUGAAGAAUAUAAUGAGGAUUCUAAGGAUGAUGACUUUCUGGAUUCCCUAGAGCAUGGAGGGAAAUUGAUCCUUCUCCUAGAUAUUUUGCGUGAAUGUUGUUCCAUUGGUGACAAAGUGCUUGUGUUCAGCCAGUCCCUAUUGGCCUUAGACAUGAUGGAGGACUUCUUAGAACUGAUUGACAGAGGAGAGUUGGAGAUGCCCUCAACAGAAGACCCCCUACCUUUACCCUUCAAGCAGUGGAAGAGAGACAGGGAUUACCUUCGUCUAGAUGGCUCAACAAGUCCUGAUGCCAGGAAGAACCUCUGUAAAGCAUUUAAUAGUACAUCAAAUGAAAGGUGUCGUUUGUUCCUCAUUUCAACUCGUGCAGGAGGCCUGGGCAUUAACCUGGUAGCUGCAAACAGAGUUGUAAUAUUUGACUCUUCUUGGAAUCCUUCACAUGACACUCAAUCCAUCUUCAGAGUGUAUCGUUUUGGACAGAAAAAACCAUGCUACAUCUAUCGCUUCGUUGCACAGGGAACAAUGGAAGAGAAAAUCUAUUCUCGUCAAGUAACAAAAAUGUCAACAGCAUUGAGAGUGGUAGAUGAACACCAGAUCAAAAGGUACUUCAAAAUGGAAGAACUAGCACAGCUGUAUGAGUUUACUCCAGCAGAUAAGAAUGUUAGAGAAACCCCAAUUGUGCCAGAGGAUCGAUUGUUGGCUGAGUUACUAAAGCGACAGAAAGAUUGGAUUGUCAAUUACCAUGAGCAUGAUUCCCUCCUUGAAAACCAAACGAGUGAAGAGCUGACUGAAGAGGAACGCAAGGCAGCUUGGGAGGAUUAUGAAAAUGAAAAGAAGGGAUUCAUGUAUUAUCAGCAACAACGGAACAGUGUUAUGCCUGUGGUUGGUCCUGCCACCAUGGUUGCAUCAUCAGCUGCUCCGUCAUUGUCACUUUCAUCCUUCAGCUUCGAAGGGGUGGUUAAUACAAUCAAGGCACAGAAUCCUAACCUAACUCAAAAUGAGUUGUGCGAGAGUGUUGUACUGGCUACAAAACAGAUCCAAAAGAUUCAUCUUACACAUUAUCAGAGAGUCCAAGGAAUGGUGUAUAAUCUCAAGAAUCCAAUGAUAGCUCCAGAGCAGCGAAAGUUACUUCCAUUUGGAAAUCAUCCAGAAAUGUUGCCCAUGCUGGAACAACAAUUACGCAUGCUUGAGGAGAACAUUCAACGUGAGAACCAAGUAAUCAAUCACAUGGGACAGAUCACUUCACAGAGAGUGAGUUCUACUAAUAUGGCCAAUAUGAUGUCAGCUGGACUGAUACGUGGUCAGCCAGUUAGCUCAGGCAUAAAUUCAGCUACUGCUAAUUAUGUUACAAGACCCACUGCAACUCCUUCCACAUCAAUGAUGAUGCAGCAGCAACAACAAAUUCAGCAGCAACAACAACUGCAACAACAAACACAAAAUCAACCCGAAAAGAAUCCUACAUCAAAUGAUGUGAUCAUGCUUGACUGAGGUGCAUUACUGUAGAGCCCACACAAUCAUGGAAUUCCUGAGAAUGUACAAUGGACAAAUCUUGUAUAACAAAGGAAUAUCAUAGAAUGCACAGCUAUUAUU